UUAAUAAUAUUAAUAAUACGUUUAUGCUUUAAUCAAAUCAGAGAGAACAGUAAUAAUACAAUUAAAUAUGUGGAAUUAUACAGGACUUAAACGUUGUGUUAAUCUAUUUAAAUCAAUAUCAAUUUCAAUAAUGAGGUCGAAACACAAUUUGAUAAUGUAUUCACCAAGAAAUAAUAUUUCACAUUUUAAUAAGACCAAAAUAGCAUUAUUACCAUCACAACAUAGUAUUGCGCAUAUUGAAUACUGCAGUUGCACGAAUAGAUUGGAAAAUGCAAGGGCAUUUUCUACCACAAUUAUGUUAGCCAAAAGCAAGGAUCGUGGAAAAGAUAAGAAGAAAACUACACAAAAAAAGAAUAUAGAUUUUCGUGAAAUGGAAGAAGUAGUAAAUGUUGAAAAAUUAACAUUGCAACUUGACAAAUUAAUGGAUAGAUUAAAAGAUAAUUAUAUUAAGAAUGUGUCGGUAAGGUCUGCUGCUGGAGCGAUUGAAGAAUUGCCAGUCAAACUUGAUGGAACCCAAUACUUGCUUCAAGAACUUGUACAAGUCAGUAGAACACCUAAGAUGGUUAUAUUGAAUGCGAGUGCAUUUCCUCAAUAUAUUCCAAAUAUUAUUCAAGUUCUUACCAAGAAUCAAAUGAAUUUGAAUCCACAACAGGAUGGUACCAUGAUAUAUAUUCCUAUUCCCAAAGUGACAAAAGAAUAUAGAGAGAGUUUGUCAAAGAGUGCAAAGUCUUUUUAUAUUAAAUGUCGUGAUGAUAUGAAGGAGGUACGCACUGAGUAUAUAAAAAAAGUUAAAAAUGUAAACAAAUUACCACAAGAUGUAAGCUUAAGAGUUCAAGGGUACAUAGAUGUUUAUACAAACCAAUAUAUUGAAAAAGCUGAAAAAAUUCUAGAAACUAAACAAAAAGAAUUAAUGGGUGAUGAACAUUAGAUCUAUAGCCUAAUAAUAUUAGAUCUAUAUUAGUGUUAUGUACAAUUUUAUUUCUUAUUUCUUAUGAUUCUAAUAGGAUUACAUGUAAAUGCAAUACUAGAGCCAUUUUUUGGAACUCUUUGUAUAAGAUAAAAAUAUACUGCUUUAAUAUAUAUUA